CAAACUCGACGUAGGUCACGUCUCUACUCACGAGUCUCGACCCUCACUCAAAACCCUCCUUUUUCUUCGAUUUUUCUUUGUAAUUUUCCUCAAUUUUUUUUGUUUGAUUCUACAUAAAUCUCAAUCUGGAAAAUAUGAGUAAUUCUGAAAAGGAUCAGUUCGACAUGUCCGAUCUCAGCUCCUCCCUCCCCGCCGCCGCCGCCGCUUUGAGCGCAGAGGAUCGCGCUGGCUUAGUUAAUGCGUUGAAGAAUAAGCUUCAGACUUUGGCUGGGCAGCACUCGGAUAUUCUCGAGACGUUGACACCGAACGUACGGAAGCGUGUAGAAGCUCUGAAAGAGAUUCAGAGCCAACAUAAUGAGAUAGAGGUCAAGUUUUUUGAGGAGAGAGCAGCACUUGAAGCUAAAUUCCAUAAGCUGUAUGAACCCCUUUACACCAAGAGAUAUGAAAUAGUGAAUGGUGUUGUUGAAGUGGAAGGUGUUAGUGAAGCUUCUGUUGAUAAGGGAGAUGACAAGGGAACAGAAGAAAAAGGUGUGCCCAACUUCUGGUUGAAUGCGAUGAAGAUGAAUGAGAUACUGGCAGAGGAGAUCUCAGACCGGGAUGAAGAGGCUCUAAAAUAUCUCAAGGACAUAAAAUGGUGUAGGAUUGAUGAUCCAAAGGGUUUUAAGCUUGAGUUCUUCUUUGACGCUAAUCCUUUCUUCAAGAACAACGUCUUGGUGAAAACAUAUCACAUGGUUGACGAUGAUGAGCCUAUAUUGGAUAAGGCAAUUGGGAUGGAUAUUGAAUGGCAUCCUGGCAAAUGCCUGACGCAAAAGAUCCUAAAGAAGAAACCAAAGAAGGGGUCGAAGAAUGCCAAACCUAUAACCAAAAUUGAGAAGUGUGAUAGUUUUUUCAACUUUUUUAACCCUCCACAAGUUCCAGAGGAUGAUGAUGAUAUUGAUGAUGAUACUGCUGAAGAACUUCAUAAUCAAAUGGAACAAGACUAUGAUAUUGGCUCAACUAUUCGCGACAAAAUCAUACCUCAUGCUGUAUCAUGGUUUACGGGGGAGGCUGUUCAAGGGGAUGAGUAUGAGGAUAUUGAAGAAGAUGAUGAUGAUGAUGACGACGCCGAUGAAGAUGAUGAGGGCGAUGAUGAUGAAGAUGACGAGGAGCAGGAAGAAGGGAAGAGUAAAAAGUAAACUGCAGAAGAGUGGGCUAGCACAAGUCGCGGAAGGACAACAGUGAUCAGUUCUGCAAAAGAACAGUUUGGAGCUAGAUAGAGUCAUGCUGUCUUUGGUUUCUAUACAUAUAUAUAGAUAUUUGUCCUUUUGAUUAGCCUUUUUGCUUCUCCUUGCGUCCUUGGGCAUUUUAAGGUGUUAUGCAUUUGUUAUUAUUUUAUUAAUUAUUGAAUGUUUAUUUGUUUAUUUUA